AUGUCGAAAAUUCUGAGCUUCGUGACCAUCACGGUCAUCGGUGUAAUUGCCAGAGUUCGCAGCGAGGACCCGAAAAUCUCCUACGAGAGCUUACCAUUUGACACUGUGGUGAAACGGGCGGUGGUCAUGACGAUGGCAAACUUCUUUGCAGAAUCUUUUGCACUGAAUCACAUCAUAUACCAUUGCCUCCGUUAUGGAGAAGUGCCAGAUGAAAUUAAACAGCUGUAUUCAUCGGCGCAAAUAGCUGCUGAUCAUUCUUUCAGAGUUUUUGAUGUAGUUGAACUACACCAAAGCGGAAUUUGGCCUCUCGUGGAAAGGCGUAUUACCCAGGAUCCCGACCACGUGUUGCCACCUUCGGCUAGAUGGGAGCAACCCGUAUCCAUUGUACUGGAGGAACAAAAAAAACUGCUGGAAACCAUCAAAUCAUUCUGCGAUGGGCGUAAAGAUUGUUUGUACGAAGAACGAUUGCGGAGCAUUAAAGAUUAUUUCAACGAAAGAAUACCUGAGAUCUGGGCGUUGCCUUUGCAGAUGAUUUACACAAGGUUAGGCAUUAAAGAUCCAAGCAUAGAACCUGGCAUGGUACUAUCACUAAGGUGCUAUCUCAUUGGAAAAGAGACUUCCAUUAUGACAGAAGUCCCUUCAUUACCGUUUGCCAAGCCUUUCUAUCCCAGGUUAUUCAGAAAAAGUGCGCAAAACAUUGUCACAAAGCUUUGGGGUGCUAUUGAUAAGGCAGUGGAUAAAAAGACUAGCGAACUUCUCACACCUCUACGGGAGUUUUACUCGUUUAUUAGUAAUUUAGGGCCUAUUGAAUAA